UUCCCUUCAAACGAAUUCAGAUUCUGGUAUGUUCUCUGGUGCUUUGUAAGCUGUGUGAAGAAAAAUCAGUAUUUUUCACUAAAAACAUUGUUAAUCGUCAACAAUGUCUAAAUCAAAGUCUACCUUCCUCGAUACGGAUUCGUCAUUGAUGGAAAAAAAUCUCCGUUUCGUCAAGGAUGAAGCGGAAGAGCAAUUCAACAACAUGUUCGGACCAAUCGUAGAACAAGCGGAGGAUAUUAGCAGUGGAAGAUCAAAAAUCGUAAAGCCAACGGCAGGAUUCUGCAUCAAGACAUUCAAAAAGAACACACGCGAAAAGUUCUUUAUCAAUGUGUGCCAAACGGACGGUAUUCCCGCUCCGGAAGAUAUCACCGACGAACAGCUGCUGGAAAUUCUCAACGAUGGCACUCCGAGUACGUUCAAAAUUCCGAUGAGCAUCACCGUUCCGCGGAUGAUCAAGGACCACUCGGCGAAGGAAUGUCAGGUGUGUGACAUCGCCGUAAACUGCAACUUCUUCAAGAAGAUCGAAUCCGGAAGCUUGAUGAGAGACUUCCUGAUUACGAUCGUGUUCGAAGGGCUCAGCUCCAAAUACAACAUCACCCUGGACGAAAUGGACUUCCGGGUGCUGAAGAACAAAAAGUUCGUUGACAGAUUGAUUGCUCACAACAUUCAGAACCGAGACGUGAAAGCGGUCUACGAAAGCUACCGGAACCCUACGGAGGCCGACCUACGGAAGCUGGAAGAGUUAACCAAUCCGAAGUCCGCCCGAGGCGAAGGAAAACCGACGAAAAAAUUGAUAGAGGAGAUUGAUCCUAGCACAAGCAAGACUAUUAAAGACGAAAGGAACAAAAACUCGGGCAAAGAGGAGUAUGUACCGGAUCCCACCAAGGUGGCUAUUUCACAGGCUGCCUCCAAAAAACCUGACUAUCGGUUGUUCAAAGAACCCGCCGUCGGUCGAACGCGUGUUUUAAUUGGCGAGUUCUAUUUACCCGAAUGUACUUCGUCUAAGGAGAUUACACUGGAUGUUGGAGAAGAUCGAAUCUUGCUAGAGGCUAGAAAGAAAAGUUAUCUGUUGGAUGCUUUUGUUGAUUAUUCCAUCGACAGUAAUCGUGUCAAAGCUAGUUUUAAUACGGAAACAAAGAUGCUCAAUGUGGUUAUGCCGGUCCUUGCUCACUGAACUACGCGGUCAUAUUCGAAGAUUAGAUCCAGUUACGUAAAACGGAAGCUGCUCUCAUCAAACAUCUAGUCCUUCCGUAGAUAAAAUCGGCAGUCCUGCCAGUAAAAGAUGUUGAACAUGAUCUAUUUAGGAAUACUUUGCUUUUAUAUAUUAUCCGUUUUUUUCCUGUGAAUACAUUCUAGUACGGCAAACAGCAGCUAUUUACUUAACAAACAUAAACAAAAUGUUUGCGAAUUUCUUUGAUACAGAAUAUUGUAUUGGCAUAAACAAAUGUUUAAACUUGAAUUGGAAAAUUUCUGCCAUCAUAGCAAAAUAACAGAACACUGCAGCAAUA